AUGACAUCCGUCACCUCUAGUACUAAUAACAGCUUUUCCGAGCCAGCGUCCGGGGCGUCGUCUGAUGAUGAGGCGGAUGAUCCAAGAGUUCAAUCUUUAGCGAACCUAGAUCCGGCGUCUCAAGCCAUACCCACCUCUUCCAAAGCACGGGCUAAACGACGCAUUGCUGCCUUAGAAGACGAGCUCGCGACGAUGCGGCAAGAGAGAGGAGGAAAGCAGAGAAAGACAACCUUCUAUGUCGCGCAGGGUAGGGCAAUUCGUCGACUCAGUUGUUCUUUACCACACCAUGGAAAACUUGAUCGCAGAGAACGAUCGCAGAAACUGAGUUCCACUCGUCGGUGGAAGCAACCACGGAGCAAAAUCGCUCACAGCGUGGCUAUGUUGAAUUGUCGCGGGUGCUACCAGUGGUUACAUGAUAAGCUCGGUGAGCUUGACCAAGAAGAUUCGGAAUGUUAUGUUGAAGAAGGCCUCAAGAAAGGAGCGGAUGCAGCUUGCGGCGAUGACACCUCCAGCCUCAAGGAGCUUGUCGCCGUCUGGGUUAAUCAAGAGUUCCGUCCGUCUCCUCUUAUCAAGCCAAAUGACAAGUAUUUGCGCGGCUUCACGAAUGAUAUCUGCGGGAAAUUACUCUGCCCUGCUGAGUGGGACUGGGAUAAAACAAGUGUCAAGACCGGCAUUCGCGACAGAACAUCGGAAUAUAUUGUCUCCGAAAACUCUUGGCCGUUGUUCGUCUAUGAGAAAUAUCAAUAUAACAGUGACGACAUCGAGGAAGGUUUCUUGAAGUCGAAGCUUCUAGUUCUUGCUUUCAAAGCUGUUUUUACAUCACCUUCAUCUGCGAGGGAAGCUGACGGGGACGGCGACGGAGCUGACAUUCUUGAGAAUAACAGGCGCGCCCACCGGAAAUCUGAACUGACGAAGGUCAAGACAUGUGUCGCCUCGAUCAUCAACAUGAAGAAAGUCACGCCUCGUGCUAUUGCAGUUCGUUUUGCGCUAUCAAGCGUCUCAUCUUGGCGCACCGUGGACGGCGACUUCGACUAUGAAGUGUUUUGGAACAACAUCGUGGAUUACUUCGAAGUUCUCCCUGGCCCUGUCGCGAAACUGCAAGGAAAAUAUUUGGAACAAAUCAUCAGCGAGGACCUGACACCAGAGGUUGUGUCCCACAUGUCCGUCAAUGCGCUGGCUGAACAGAGGAAGAGAUUGGAGGAUGCUGUUUUUGACUCUGACUGA